CUGCUGAAUUAACAUUCAAUAUUAUUACUCUCGUUGCUAAGCCUGAUGAAAAGACCGAUGCCUCGCCUGUGCUUCAAACGGCAUGGGCUAAGGCCUGUGACUCAACUGAACCAGCCACUAUUUAUGUUCCCGAGGGUAUAUUCUUCGUUCGAAGUGUGAGAUUUAAUGGGCCUUGUAAGAACAAUGCUAUUACUGUUCUCAUUGAUGGAACUCUUGUGGCUUCCUCGGACAUUCAAGUUUUAGCUAAUUCUAGUUCUUGGAUUUCGUUUAAUCACAUAAGUGGGCUUUCCAUUACUGGCGGUAUUAUUAACGGGCAAGGAACUCCCUUUGGAAAUGAUUCUGGAGUUAAAGUUAGCGAAGUAACAUACGAAGACAUCAAGGGAACUUCAGCCACUGAAAUAGCAAUCAAGUUUGAUUGUAGUCCAACAAAUCAUUGCACUGGAUUAAACUUGAUAGACAUAAACCUAACUUACGAGAAUCACAUCGCUAAAGCUUCAUGUAAAAAUGCUGAAGGAACUACCUCUGGUGUGGUUGAACCUUCUAGUUGUUUAGCACCCGCAAACUUUUAUCCAUAUAAUAUAGACCCUUUAGGUUAUUCUUAA